AUGCUCCGCCGCUGCUCCACCGCCCUCGCAGGCUUUGCUCCGGUCGCCUGGUCGUCGUCGUGGGCGCAUCCGCAGCUGCGGUAUGCCGAGCUCGACGCCAUCGUGAGCCAGGAUCCGGCCAGCCACACGCCGAUGCCGCCGCCGCCAUCGCUGCCGCCGGUGGACGAGCCGGCUGCGGCGCUACCGGACUCGGCGCAUCCGCUGCGGAGGUUCGCGCCACCGGACGAGGCCGCGGCUGCGCUGCGGUCUCUCUUCUGCAUCGACAGCAAGUGGGGCACGUUUAUCAAUCACGGCGCGUUUGGCGGGGUGGCAACGCCGCUGGCAAAGGUGGCCGCCGCGUGGGAGGCACACGCCUCGUCACAGCCGCUCGCCUUCUUUGAUCGCGAGCUGUUUGGCCGGCUCGGCGAUGCCACCCACGCACUGGCCUCGUUUGUAGGCGCAUCACCGCAGGAUCUGGUCCUUGUCCCCAACCCGACCACCGCCAUCAACGCACUUGCUGCCGCUACUGCGUCGGCUUCUCCCGGCGCACCCAUUCUUGUCCUCUCGUCUGUCUACGCAUCGACGCCCAAGAUCGCUCGUGCCCUCACCGGGACCGAGCCGCUCGUCGUCGACAUUCCGCUCCCCUCGCUCCAUCCGUCGUUUGUGGCCGCUGCCGUGAGUGCAGCCAUGGAUGCUGCGCCGACUCGCCCUGCGGCGGCGAUCAUCGACCACGUCGCGUCCAACUCGGCGCUUGUUGCGCCGCUGGACGAGCUGGCAGCCGUCUUUGCUCGCCACGACGUACCGCUUGUGGUUGACGGUGCCCACGGCCUGCUGGCACAAGAUCUAACGCUUACUCCGGAUGCUUGUCUCUCUCACUGGUACGUCGGCUCGUGCCACAAGUGGUUCUCGGCACCGCGUGGCGUCGGCUUCCUGUGGGCCAACCCAGAGCGGGUGAGCGAGGAGGCGCGCGACGCGGUGCUACCACCGGUCAUCUCGCAUGGCUACACCGGUCCGCAAGCAACGCUCCACGCCAAGUUUGGCUGGGACGGUACCCGCUCCUACGCGCCAGCACUGACGCUGCCGUAUGCAGUCGCACUGUGGGAGGCGCUCGGCGUUGACGCUGUCCGGCAGCACAUGCACGGCCUCCUCCGCGCUGCCUCCGAGCUGCUCUCAGCCGAGUGGGGCACCGGCGUCCUGGAUCCGCCGGCGGUCCACAACGGAACAAGCCUGGCCACUGUCGAGCUUCCGCAGGCAGUUGUCGGCCACAAGGUCGUGACCGGCGGCCGCGAUGACGUUCCUAUCGGCGUCCUGGCUGACGUGCUGCAAGACUGGCUCUUCCACGAGCACAACAUCGAGGUGCCGGUCAAAUCGCGCGACGGCAAGCUCUACGUCCGCAUCUCGGCACAUAUCUACAACACCAUGGACGACUAUACACGGCUCGCCAGCGCCGUCCGCACCCUCCUGCCUUCGAUCCAUGCGUUCCGGCUGCAGUAGGCUACGCCGGCUGGCGGCACACGCCAUGUGAACAAACUUCAAUCAAUGA